GUCGUGGGCACCCCACCCCCACACCCGCGGGCAAGGCAAAGUGCAGUGGGCAGGCUGAGCGCCCGGGCGGGAGGCGAACGUGCCAACCACGCGUGUCCGGGCGCAGGUGCUGGGGGCGGCGGCAGCAGCUGCGGCGGCGGCAACUCCGCAGCGUCCGCUCGGUAGGAGAGUUCGCGACUGCUCUCGGGAUGCCUUGCAGAUGCAAAAUGUGUCUCUGGCCAGCAGGAGGAAGGAAGAGGAAGUGAGAGCAGCAGCAGCCGGCGGCGCAGCAGCCGGACGACCCGGAGUAUAUUGACACGUGCAAUUGUCUACGCUGUAGGAUUUCCAAUUCCACUGGCUUCUGACAACUUCGGAGCUUACAAUGCCGCCACCUGCAGACAUCGUCAAGGUGGCCAUAGAAUGGCCUGGUGCCUACCCCAAACUCAUGGAAAUUGAUCAGAAAAAGCCACUGUCUGCCAUAAUAAAGGAAGUCUGUGACGGGUGGUCUCUUGCCAACCAUGAGUAUUUUGCCCUGCAACAUGCCGAUAGUUCAAACUUCUAUAUUACCGAAAAGAAUCGCAAUGAAAUAAAGAAUGGCACGAUCCUUCGAUUAACCACAUCUCCAGCUCAAAGCGCUCAGCAGCUCCAUGAGCGGAUCCAGUCAUCAAGCAUGGAUGCCAAGCUGGAAGCCCUGAAGGACCUGGCCAGCCUCUCCCGGGACGUCACCUUUGCCCAGGAGUUCAUAAACCUGGAUGGCAUCUCUCUGCUCACGCAGAUGGUGGAAAGCGGCACCGAACGAUACCAGAAAUUACAGAAGAUUAUGAAGCCUUGCUUUGGAGACAUGCUGUCCUUCACCCUGACGGCCUUUGUCGAGCUGAUGGACCACGGCAUAGUGUCGUGGGAUACGUUUUCCGUGGCGUUCAUUAAGAAGAUCGCAAGUUUUGUGAACAAGUCAGCCAUGGACAUCUCCAUCCUUCAGCGGUCCUUGGCCAUUUUGGAGUCCAUGGUUCUCAACAGCCAUGACCUCUACCAGAAGGUGGCGCAAGAGAUCACUAUUGGCCAGCUCAUUCCACAUCUUCAAGGGACGGAUCAAGAAAUUCAAACCUAUACCAUUGCUGUGAUUAAUGCACUUUUCCUGAAGGCUCCUGACGAGAGGAGGCAGGAGAUGGCAAACAUUUUGGCUCAGAAGCAGCUGCGCUCCAUCAUUCUCACGCAUGUCAUCCGAGCUCAGCGGGCUAUCAACAACGAAAUGGCACAUCAGUUAUAUGUUCUGCAAGUACUCACCUUUAACCUCCUGGAAGACAGGAUGAUGACCAAGAUGGACCCCCAGGACCAGGCUCAGAGGGACAUCAUAUUUGAACUUCGAAGAAUUGCUUUCGAUGCAGAGUCUGAACCCAACAAUAGCAGUGGCAGCAUGGAGAAACGCAAGUCCAUGUACACUCGGGAUUACAAGAAACUUGGCUUCAUUAAUCAUGUCAACCCGGCUAUGGACUUCACCCAGACUCCUCCUGGAAUGCUGGCUCUGGACAACAUGCUGUACUUUGCGAAGCACCACCAAGAUGCUUACAUCCGGAUUGUGCUUGAGAACAGCAGUCGAGAAGAUAAACAUGAAUGUCCCUUUGGCCGCAGUAGUAUAGAGCUGACCAAGAUGCUGUGUGAGAUCUUGAGAGUGGGCGAGCUGCCUAGUGAGACAUGCAACGACUUCCACCCAAUGUUCUUCACCCACGACAGAUCCUUCGAGGAGUUUUUCUGCAUCUGUAUCCAGCUUCUGAACAAAACAUGGAAGGAAAUGAGGGCAACUUCUGAAGACUUCAACAAGGUAAUGCAGGUGGUGAAGGAGCAGGUUAUGAGAGCGCUUACAACCAAGCCUAGCUCCCUGGACCAGUUCAAGAGCAAACUACAGAACCUGAGCUACACUGAGAUCCUGAAAAUCCGCCAGUCUGAGAGGAUGAACCAGGAAGAUUUCCAGUCUCGCCCAAUUUUGGAACUAAAGGAGAAGAUUCAGCCAGAAAUCUUAGAGCUGAUCAAACAGCAACGCCUGAACCGCCUUGUGGAAGGUACUUGCUUCAGGAAACUCAAUGCCCGGCGGAGACAAGAUAAGUUUUGGUAUUGUCGGCUUUCACCAAACCACAAGGUCCUGCAUUAUGGAGACCUGGAAGAAAGUCCACAGGGAGAAGUGCCCCACGACUCCUUGCAGGACAAAUUGCCGGUGGCAGAUAUCAAAGCUGUCGUGACGGGAAAGGACUGCCCCCAUAUGAAAGAGAAAGGUGCCCUUAAACAAAACAAGGAGGUGCUUGAACUUGCUUUCUCCAUCUUGUAUGACUCCAACUGCCAACUGAACUUCAUCGCUCCUGACAAGCAUGAGUACUGUAUCUGGACAGAUGGGUUGAAUGCGCUACUUGGGAAAGACAUGAUGAGCGACCUGACGCGGAAUGACCUGGACACGCUGCUCAGCAUGGAGAUUAAGCUCCGCCUCCUGGACCUGGAAAACAUCCAGAUCCCUGAUGCACCCCCACCCAUCCCCAAGGAGCCCAGCAACUACGACUUUGUCUAUGACUGUAACUGAAGUGGUGGGGCCUGGAUACGCGCUCCCUCCCAAACUGGAAAAAUAUAGCUAACAGGAGAAAGGAAUGAGGACACGCCCACGCCUCAGAAGCCUCUUUCAGUCAAGGGAAGCUAUAGGUCAAUACUUCCUUCAGCCUCUGCUCUGGCCCCAGCAAUUUUUGGCCCCUGCCUGGUGUCUUGCUCACCUCCCUGACUCUUGUUUCUAGAUUCCACUGCUUUAGGUCACUUCCCACUGCUGUAGUCCAGUGGUAGGACAAGAGAAAAGUCACCACCAGUAAGAGAGCAAAGGGGCCCUUCUAGCCUAACUACCCGCUUCCUUCCUAGAGUAGGAAAGCCAGUCACUCCAGACUGCCCCCGAAACAUGCCCUCCAUAACCGAGAGGAGAACCCCAGAGCCCAGAUCUGGAAGAGAUAAAGCCAAGCCGUUCGGACCAAAUACCACAACCUUCCUCUUCUCUCCAGGGUCCACUCACACCCCCAGUUCCAUUUGGAUUGAGAACUCUUUAAAUCUCUCUCCUCCAUGCUCACCAUGACCUUGUCCUGGUCCUCUUGGUCCCUAGAACAGCAGCAGCACCCACCUCGUUGUAGUCCUCGCCAGCGCUGGCUCUCCCAGAAAUAGUCUGCAGGGGCCCAUGCCCACCUCGCGUCUGCACUGUGACCGUGACCGCUAGCUAGUCUUGGGUUUUCUCCCUGCCCCAGCCCAGACAGACCUGCCUUCCCAGUUCCACACAUGCUCCUAGCCUCUUAGCUGAAAGCACAAAUGGUAGUCACGCUCUGUCUUCAAUGGACUAAACCUAAAAGCCUCUAAGCCAGGCUGUUGCUCUCUAGGGGUUCGGUGUGACCUUCUCCUGAGGAGUCCUGCUGUAACACAGGCCCACGGGAUGGCCCCAAUAUCUGAGUUUACAUCGUUGUAAUUAUUACAGGUAUUUACAAUCUGCAAGGGUUUGGGGUUAGUUUUUUUUGUUUGUUUGUUUUGCUUUGUUUUUGUACAAAAGAGUCUAACAUUUUUUUGCCAGAUAUAUAUUUAAUGAAAAGAAGAGAAACCUAAAUGUGUGUACUUUUCAUUUUUUUAAUUAUUUUAAUUCCAAACAUCUUCCUCAGAAUAACAUUCCCUUCAACAUGCUGUGGAAUAAAAUCAAUUAUGAUGA